UCCGCACGUGUAAACGUCGCUGGACAGUUCCUUCUGAAUUUCUGUUGAACAAUGGACCCAUAAAUAAACAUUAUCUGGAGGUUUUUUCAAAGUCACAACUACAGUCAUUCUUCGGAAAAAGGCAAUUAUCGGCUAAACUGUUGGCGGGAUUGUUUCCAUCAGUAACCACGGCAACACAAUCCAAGCGCAAUCAUGGAGAUUAUUGCGGACAAGGUCGACCAUCUAUACAAGUUUUAUCUGCACACCCUGACACUAAGUGAUCCCCGUGUGGCAGACUGGUUAUUGUUGGAUUCCCCAUGUUGGACAAUCGGCAUUGUUCUGCUCUAUUUACUCAUUGUCUGGUUGGGGCCAAAGGUCAUGGCCAACCGUGAACCCUUCACCCUCAAAUGGUCCAUGAUGGCCUAUAACUGCGUGUGUAUGGCAAUAUCGUUUCAUAUUUUUAAAGAGAAUGUGAUUUGCGGGUAUCAACUUGGUUAUAGUCUGACCUGCCAGCCAGUUGUCUUCAGUUACAAUGAAUUUGAACACAGGAUAGCAAAGUCCCUAUGGUGGUUCUACUUCUCCAAGCUGGUGGAAAUGUUAGACACUGUCUUCUUUAUCUUGAGGAAGAAGAAUAGUCAACUUACGUUCCUCCAUGUUUAUCAUCACGCCAGUAUGUUUGGUCUCUGGUGGAUCGGUAUGAAGUGGGUAGCCGGAGGACAGUCGUGGUUUGGUGGGACGUUGAACUCUUUCAUUCAUCUAAUUAUGUAUUCGUACUACCUCCUCGCUGCCAUGGGACCAAGAAUGCAGAAGUACCUCUGGUGGAAGCGCUACCUCACACAGCUUCAAUUUGCGCAGUUUGUGAUUGGUCUGAUCCACGCCACACAGUCCCUCUAUUUCCAGUGUGACUUCCCUGUCUGGAUGCAGUGGGCGUGCAUCCUCUACGGCAUCACCAUCUUCUCCCUCUUCAUCAACUUCUACGUCCACGCCUACAUCCGUAAAGAGCGCCUCCCCAAGGCGGAGAGAGCGGAGGGAAAGAAAUCCUCGAACGGAGUAUCUACCUCAAACGGGAAGGUAGAUAGUAAAAAGACCAAGUAAAAAGAAAUCCUUUUUUGUAUCAACUGUUUUUUUUUUAAUUUGAAUUGGUGAUUGAGUGACUGUAGUAGUAGAUUCUUUUGUGUAGGUGAGUUUUAUCUUUUUAAUGAUUCUGAAUCUGUCAGUACCAAAUCUUGCUCAUACCUCGAAAAUAGAGGUUCUUUUAAUUUUUUUACGGUAUAUUUUUAAUAGGUAUUUAUUAGUUUCCUUCAGAGACCUAGUUUUAAAUUACACUCAAUGUAGCACCAUGGACAGAAAUUUGAUACUGCUUAAAAAAAAAAAGGGAUCUUUUUAUCUUGAUUCCUUGAUAGAUUUAGCUUGAUAGACAAUUGUAGGAUUUUCUGAGGAACUGGUGAUGCUGCGUGCACAAAUGCAACGGGGCCGCAAGGAGACAUGCGCAACAUUUUGUAACAACUUUUUACAUUCAUUGAAUACGAAGUACACGUUGAAGAGCGUCAGUUGAUAACAAUACGCGAUUGCUGCCUGUUUUGUCAACCGACAAAAUGGCCUCACACCGGGCCGUGUAAACACACGCUGUUUUGUCAACUUACAAAAUGGCUGCAUGCACGCAUGCAGUGCCACGGUUACAGGCCAGUGCGCCCUCUAGUUCUUAUAUAUAACUCUGGAACGCUAAGAUCUAUUUGUGACUUCUCAGGAUUCUUAUUGAAGUAAUUAACUGACUGCCAGUAUGGAAUGAGUAUUUACAUUUGAAUUUCAUUCAGGUUUUGUUUGCAAUUCUUGUAUUCUUAUUGGGUUUUUUUGUAAACAUUUUUUAUUGAUCUUUUUCAAAUGUUUGAGUCUGGAUUUGAAAAUAAAUUUAGUAUUAUCCCAAGAGGUUGAGUUUAAAAUUGGAUAGUGUUAGUGCAAUAAAUUUUAUUCCGAAACAUGUUUUUACCAGAAUGCAACUUCAUAGAGUUGCUUCAGCAAAGAAAGUUGCUCUAAACACACUCAAAAUCAUGCUUACCAGAGUCAGGUUACCAGCCGAAAUACCAUUCCACAUCACAUGUGGUUGGUAACCUGCUCGUUUUUGCUUAGCUGGAAAUUGUAGAACACUAUUUGCUGCUGACACAGUAGUCACACUGCAGCGAUAAUGAAAACGGUAAGGCUAUUUUUCCUUGUGUUAUUAUCAGAUUUUGCUCAAAAAUGUGUUGUUAUCUAAUUUGUCCUCAAAUUUUGCUCAAAAUACACAAAAAUAUAUAUAGCCUUGUGUACAUUGUACUUUGAUCAUAAUUACACAAGGCUAUAUCCUUGUAUAAUUAAAAAAAAUUGCUCAAAUUUAUACAAGGCUAUUAUGAACUUUUCGCUCAUAGUACUUAUCAAUUUUUUGCUUGAAUAAGUGAAAAGUUGUACACUUUUUCGAGCGAAAAGUUCACAAGCCUUGUACACUU